CGGAGGCGGCAAGGACGCGGCGACCCAGGGUGACGCCGGGCAUCUCCCGGGCGACGGCCCCGCAACAAGAUGGCGGACGAUAAAGAAAGGGAAGGCACAGAUUGGAGACUCAGGCACAGCAAGAUUGAGUAACGUGCACAAGAUCACACAGCACCUGGCAAAGCUGGGAUCUGAGCAGAGAGUCCAGUAUAUGGGUCACAUUAUUUCUUGAUCAUGGUAUCUCCCCUGCCAGAGUUAGUGAUAGCGGAAUUUCACAAAAAAAUCAAAGACGCUUUUGAAGUGUUUGACCACGAGGCGAAUAAUACAGUGGAUUCUGGUGAAAGGAGUAUCCACAUUGCCUAUUUCAACCUUCAGACUCUAAAUUCUGUGGGAGAGAUCGGAACAAUUAUCAGGUCACUAGGGUGCUGCCCAAGCGAAGGAGAGCUGCAUGACCUGAUCGUAGAGGUAGAGGAGGAAGAACCCACUGGAUACAUUCGAUUUGAAAAAUUUCUUCCAGUGAUGACCAAAGUACUACUAGAAAAAAGGUACAGACCAAUUCCAGAAGAUAUCCUUCUUCGAGCAUUUGAGGUGUUAGAUCCAUCCAAACGUGGAUUUCUAACUAAGGAAGAAUUGAUCAAGUAUAUGACUGAAGAAGGUGAGCCUUUUUCUCAGGAAGAAAUGGAAGAAAUGUUGUCCGCUGCAAUUGACCCAGAAUCGAAUUCCAUUCGUUACAAGGACUACAUAGCCAUGAUGGUGGUAGAUGACGGCUAGGUGCCCUGAAGACUUAAUUUCUCAUUGAAAGGAUGACUGUAAAGAUGGCCUGUCUUUGUUAAUUUUACAUCUUAUAAUUCCUACACAUGCUAAUUAAUACCUGGUGACAACUAUUUCAAGAUACUUUGUUUUUUAAAGAUGAACACAAAUUUAUUUGGUAUGUCUAGACUUACAGAAUGACAAAUGACUAAUUAUUUUAAAGCCAAUUCUUUAAAACAUUUUAA